AUGGCGCCAGGACUCCUCUCUAAUGGCGGGUACAGCCCUGCCAGCAGCCCGGCAAAACCAGAUAGCCACACCUACCCUCACGAGAGCCUUCGCUUCGAUCCGCGUUUGAAGCCUAAAUCAUACAAAAUCGCAGGCACUCCCGCAGACUCCACCAUACUCAUUCUAGACGUCAACAUCCUGGACUCCACCGGAAAGCGCCCCUACCGCGGUGACGUCCUGAUCCAAGGCGAACGAUUCGCGGCCGUCGGGUCCGUCCCCAACCUCGCCGCCCUCCACGCAGACCCCAACGUGCGCGUCAUCCCCGGCCACGGCCGAACCCUCCUCUCGGGCCUCGGCGACGCCCACGCCCACUUUACCUGGAACAACAACGCCCUCGAGCUGCUCGGCCGCAUCGGCGUCGAAGAGCACGCGCUCAUCACGGCCCGCUCCGCCCGCUGCUACCUCGAUUCGGGAUACACCAUGUGCUACGGGGCCGCGUCCGCCAAAGACCGCCUGGACGUCGUGAUCCGCGACGCGAUCAACCGCGGCGAGAUCCCCGGCCCGCGCCUGCUCGCCAACGGGCGCGAGAUCGGGAAGCGGGAUGCGGAGCUCGCGGCGGGGAUUACGGCGUACGCGGACGGGCCCCUCGAGAUGCGCGAGGUGAUUCGGCACCAUGCGCAGGUUGUGGGCGUGGACCAGGUGAAGCUUAGCAUGUCCGGGGAGGCGAUUAUGGAGGGUCGCGACGCGGAGGAGUGUUUCUUUGCGGACGAGGAGACGGCGGCGUGUGUGGAUGAGGCGCAUCGGUUGGGGCUCCGCGUGUGUGCGCAUGCGCGGGCGAGAGAGUCGGUGGUUCAGUGUGUGCAGCAUGGGGUUGAUGUGAUAUACCAUGCGUCGUAUACGGAUGCCGUGGGGAUGGAUCUGCUGGCCAAGGCGAAGCACCGGCUUGUUGUGGCGCCGGCGAUCAACUGGUUGUAUGCGACUGUGCACGAGGCGGAGCCGUUUGGGUACACGUUUGAGGAGGCCGAGCGGGUCGGGUAUAAGCACGAGCUCGACGUCGCGAUUCGGGCGAUCAAGGAGAUGCAUCGCCGGGGCAUCACGGUCCUCCCUGGGGGCGACUAUGGCUUUGCGUGGUGCCCACACGGGACGUAUGCGCGGGAUCUGGAGCAUUUUGUGAAGCUGCUGGAUUUCACACCCAUGGAAUCGAUCGUUGCCGCGACUGCUGGCGUGGCCAAGUUGUUUAUGCAGGAGAAUGAGCUCGGCAAGAUCCUGCCUGGCUACUAUGCUGAUUGCAUUCUGGUCGACGGGGAUCCGCUGGAGGAUAUCAGCAUCCUGCAGGACCACUCGAAGCUGGACGUGAUCAUGAUCAAUGGGCGGAUUCACAAGGCGAAGCCCGACGAGGUCGCAAUCUCGUUACCCAAAGAGCUGUCUUUACCCCCGAAGCGGACGUACUUCAACUACGUUGCGUUCGAGGACGAGCUCGCCCGGCCGCAUAUUGGCCACCUCGAUCUCGCCAGCCAAACCAUCCAGCCAUUGACCAUGGCAUCGGGGUCGCCACUGACCAAGCUCAACGAGGUCAUCGAACUCGAGGACGACGUUGUUUGGGACCCAUUGGCGGAGCCAGUCCCCGUGGGCCAUGUCAAAUUGCUGCCACCCCUCGCCGACCGCGACGUGCUCUGCGUGGGCAACAACUACCGCCAGCAUGUCCAGGAGUUCCGCCAGAGCGGGUUUGAUACGAGCGGCGACGCGGUCGACGCCGCUCCACUCCCGACGGUCUUUACCAAACGGAGCACGAGCAUCAUUGCGAGCGGCGAUGAGAUUUAUCCGCAUACGAAAUUUACACAGACUCUGGAUUAUGAAGGCGAGAUUGGUGUCAUUAUAGGGAAGGCUGGGUUCAAUAUUUCGGAGAAGAAUGCGAUGGAGCACGUCUGGGGGUACACCAUCAUCAACGAUGUGACUGCAAGGGAGAGACAACGAGAUCAUAAACAGUUCUUGCUGGGAAAAUCCCCAGACACGUUCUGCCCCAUGGGCCCAAUUGUCGUCCCCGCCGCAGCCUUGCCCGGUACCCUCCGAGUGCAGACCUUUGUGAACGGCGACAAACGCCAGGAUGGUAGCACAGCGGACCUGAUCUACUCAAUCCCAAGGCUCAUCGAGGUCAUCUCCCAGGGCAUGACGCUCCAACCGGGCGAUGUCAUUGCCACAGGCACGCCGCAUGGUGUCGGGGUCGGCCAUAGUCCUCCUCUAUUCCUCAAGCCCGGGGAUCUCGUCGAGGUCAGUGCAACAGGUCUCGGAACCCUAUCCAACCGCAUCGCCGACACGGCCGCACCAAACCCGACCCUCGACCUCGUCCGGAAGAAAUCUCACAUCCCAACGUACAACCUCGACCGAACCUGGGGCGGCGUCGGCCUAACCAAGCUCGGGCCAAACCAUUUCAUCCACGUCCGCGAUCUCCCGGCAAAGUCUCCGACCCCGAAGAGCGAGAGGAUCCUCGUCUUCAUCCACGGCCUCGGCGCGAACCUCGAAUACUACCAGCCCCUCAUCGAAGCGGGAAACCUGCAAGAAACCCACCGCAUCAUCCUCUACGAUCUCGACGGCCACGGACUCACACCCGCGUCCGCGUCUAGAACCGCCACGCUGGACACCUACGUCGCGACGCUGCGCCAGCUCCUGGCCGCGAGAGAUAUUACUCCGUCCACACCCGUAUCCCUAAUCGGCUGGUCCCUCGGCGGCCUCAUUGCCAUGCUCUUCACGCAGCGACACCCAUCCCUCGUGAAGAACCUCAUCCUCCUCGGCCCGGGCCCCUCGCCCUUCCCUGCGCCGGCAGUAGACGUCUUCACCAAGCGCGCGGCGCUCGCGCGGUCAAGCGGGAUGUCCGCGUCGCGGAUCGCAGACGACGUCUCCGCCGCUGCGACAGCGAAAUCGGCAACGCCACUGACCGUCUCGGCGGUGCGGCAGUUCCUGCUAUCCACGCACCCGGAGGGGUAUGCGAAGGGGUGCAUUGCCCUCGCCCGGUCUGUGGACGUGGUUAUCCGGGCUGAGGCGCUGCGGAUGCCGGUGUUGAUUGUUGCCGGGAGCGAGGAUGGGAUUUCGUCGGUGGAUCUUGCGCGGAGGUAUGCGGGGGAAAUGGGCAAUGCGAGGGUGCGGGUUUUGGAGGGGGUUGGGCAUUGGCAUGUUGUGGAGGAUUUGCCGGGGACGGCGCGUGCUAUCCGGGGGUUUCUGGAGGGUCAUUGA